UAAAGUUACCGCUCGGUAACUUUUAAACCUUGGUAAGUUAGCGGUUAUUCAGGUUUAGUAACCGUCAAGUUGAUUGUAUAUCCACAAUAUACCGCAAAGUUACCAAACCGAAAAAUGUGGACUUUAACCGCUGGUUAAAGUUACCGAAAACAAUCCCAUGAUGCAUUUUCUAAUGACGUAUUUUCCGCGCGAUGUGUCAGACGGCGAUUUCGUAAACAAACAAAAUGGCUGACAGUGACUGUAGCGAUAGUACCGGUAAAAUUAAGCUGUCGAGGCAGUUUUCUUAUCGAGAGAACGAAGUCCUGCAAGAGUGCAUGGAAACUCAUUUCAAGCGACUCACCGCUAAACAUGCCAGCGGUGGAAGUAAUCCUAACACCAAGGCAAUUCAGGAUAAAGUGUGGGCGAAGAUCAGGGACCGCGUUAAUGCAGUGGGCAAUGGGCCGCGAACGAUUGAUCAAAUUAAACAGAGGUGGACGAACAUGGUGAAAAAGGCCAAACGUGAGUUCACCGAUGAAAAAAAAAGCUUGACCCAGACAGGGGAUGGUCCACCUCUUACAGAAAUGUCUGAAACAAGCCAGGGGAUAGUGGACAUGAUGUCUGGCCUAGCCUCCUUUAGUGGAAUACCUGGGGCUUCAAAUUGUGAAAGCUGCAUUUCUGCUCCAACUUCAACUUCAGUUGCAGUAGAAGACAGCCAUGUGCAGAUCAUUUUGUGGGAAGGUACUCCGAGUAAAACAGCUACUGCUGUCCAUAAAGGAGGUUUGCCACAAACUCCCGUUGUGAAGAUUUCAGACGAAGCUCCAGCUGCAGAAAACUGCAAUGCAGGUUAUGGGUCCGGAGUUGACGUUCCAGCACCUGAACCGGAGCGGAAGAAGUUUCGACCUGGAAACAUAUCAAAAGAAACACCAACAACUUUAAAAGAAUUACAGAUGCGGUAUUACCGAAAAUGCAUAGAGGUGCAAGAGGCACAACUUGAUUGUUGGACACAGUGUUCUCGUCUGGCAGAGGUAAUGCUGCAGAAGAUGGCUUAGAUGCUUGGGGGACUAAGACGUGUUUUGUUGUUGUUAAAUUUGCCAAGGUUAAAAUGUUGUACACUAUUUAAAUACAUACAAUCUGAUUGUUUUUAUGUUUGUUCUAACUCAUAGCUACUUACCUCAUAUAAAGUAUGUGCGUGUGAUAUGCGCUCUCACGCCGCAUCCGUCCAUCUGUCCAUGAAACUGUUCAGGCGGUGGCUGCUCGUCGAGAACGGCAUCGGGUACAUCUGGCUCCUUCCACAGAAGAGAUAGGUUGUGCAAUAUGGCACAAACAACAAUGAUCCUCGAACAUUUCUCGGGCUUCAUUCUGAUCUGCUCAUUAAAUAAAUACAAAUAUG